AUGUGGUGUCUCGAUGGUUCGGAUUGUGAAGCAUCGGACACGUGUGCUCUGUGCGAGGGAGCAGCGUGUUUGAGAGUACAGAGAAAUCAACCAGGCAAAGGCGUCACCGUGGCUCUCACCUGUCUUCCGCACGACUCACUGAUCCACACCUACCAUCCGGAAGGGUGCCGAACCGAACUCUCUUCUGGAGACAAGCUGUGCUUGUGCUCGGGAAGGGAAUUUUGUAACACUUCAUCGCGAACAGCUUCUGUUUUACUUGUAUCACUACUUUUUCUUCUUAACUUUUGA